AUGACUGUGAAAGGAUCGGAGUUCUCGGAAGAAGGAUACGAAAUAUUUGAUGAGCAACAAAUCGCAACUUAUCCUUCAGAUGGUGAGAUUGCACCAGAUUCAGAAGAUUGUCCAGCUGGUAAAAGACGCAAGAAAAGGUCUUCCUUGGCAUGUGUUCGAUGUCGCAGGCGACACGUCAAAUGUCCAGGUGGAAAUCCUUGUAGUAAAUGCGUCGCAGCGGGUAUUGCAUGCGAGUAUAUGGAACCCAACAAGAAACUGAUAGUUUCGAUGAAAUAUUUGCAGAAAUUGCAGUCGAACCUUGCUGAGAUGAAGAAGGAGAAUGUAAAAUUACAAUCUUUGGUUUCUACUUUGAGUUCGAAAUCGGAUGCCACGAAUUCAACGGGUACCAAAAUGGACUCUGAUACCGAAAAAAGUGAACAAGCUGUAUCCAAUACGCGCUCUGCGAAAUCAGACUUUCCACAAGCCGAUGACGAAGAAAUAGUACCCAAUUUUACAGAUCGAAGAGGACGACUUGUUGAAUCAAGAACGGGCCAAAAAUAUUUUGUCGGAUCAUCUUCAAUGACUUUGUUUGGAAUGGAAAUUCAGUCUCUUAUACCGAAAUCAGUCUCGCAAGCUGGUAACGAGAAUCAAUUUCUCACUCACAGCGGGAGUGACAAUACGACUACAGCAGUAUCCAUCGACGAAAUUCUUCAAGAGGAAGGUAAUGCCUACAGAAUUGUGCUUGCCAAAACUGACACGAAUAAUAACGCGACUGUAAAUCUGGCACUUCCAUCGUACUCUUAUGCCAUAUUACUCGUUGAUACGUUCAUCACUUACAAUGAUGGCUGCUUCUAUUUCUUUAAUGAGGGUUUGAUCAAAGAACAGUUGAAAACCAUAUACAAUGGCGGUGCUGAGUUUCGCGAUCACACUUUACAAACAAUUUGGUUCUGCAAACUGCUUCUCAUUUUUGCUACUGGUGAGAUGUACCUGGGAACUGCAAACAAAAGAAAUGGGAACAAGCUUUCCUCCAGGGAAAGCGCUAAACUGCCGGGCUCAGGAUUUUUCGAAGAAGCCUCCAGUAUUUUCAGCUGUCUGUUUUCCAGUGGGAGGAUUGAGAAUGUUACGAAGAACGGUGGAAUAGAAGUUAUGCUACUUUAUGCAUUCUACUUACAAGUCGCGGAUUGCACAGUUGCGUCUUAUUUCUAUUUUGGACAAGCUCUAAGAACUUGUUUAAUUUCAGGCUGGCAUGUUGAUGCGGAACGAGACAGUCUGUCCAGAUUUGAGCUUGAACAUAGAAGGCGGUUGUGGUGGACUGUUUAUAUGUUCGAAAGAAUGCUUAGCAGCAAAGCUGGGCUCCCGUUGAGUUUUGCAGAUGAUACCAUCACAACGGAACUGCCAAGUGAUUUUGAUAUGAGCUCUCCUCCGUUGGGCUGUGAAUACUAUAUUUUCCCGGAAGCUGAAUAUAUCACCAACUGUGUUAGAAUCACGAAAAUUAAUGCUCAAAUUCUGAACAAACUAUACCAACGACAACCAUCCUCAAAUAUUCUACCGGUAUUAAAAGACAUCGUCAUGCAACUUCUCGGCUGGCGUGGUUCCUUAUCAGAUUUUUUACAAGUCAAUUUUACUCAAGAAGAACUGAAGAUUUCAAGACUAACUACGAACAUGUUUACUGAGUACUUUCAAGGCAUGAACUUGGCAAUUCGACCGCUGUUGUUCCACUUUGCUUCAAUCAGAAUUAGGAAAUGGGAAAAAUCCGAGAAUAGCUAUGUGCGUCUAGAACGCUACUCAAAGACAAUUUCGUCGCUUUUGAAUUGCUCUCUUCAAGCUUCAAUUAACACAGUUCGAGCAUUUUGGUAUUUGAAAGAGCAGAAUAUGGUGGCGCUUUUCGGUUAUAUGGACAGGGAGUAUCUGUUUACGUCUGCCUGCACUUUAGUUCUUUUUAACGCUGCAUUUGGAAUCCAGGAACAAACUAAACAACACCUAGAUCAUGCCUUGAGCAUUUUCACGAAGAUGCGGAAUCUUGGGAAUAACCCUGCAGGAUUGAGACGCGCACAAUUACUUCGUUUAAUGAGCAACCUUAACCAUUUAUCCGAUAUGAAAGACUUGAUAGAAAAACAUGCGGAUGAUUUAAGGCCGGACGCGGAGUUUGAUGAUCAUAACGACAAGGAGGUCGAUAUUGUAUCUUAUGCUUCAACGACCUCCAGCAGUGUGCCUGAACAUGUCCUUUCCGUGUCUGCCGCGAAAGCUAAUGGAGUUUCUUCGAAAUCAACUUCAUUUGAACAUACUUCUAAUGCUUUUGAACCAAUGACUUUAGAAACAACAUCCGAUAUUCAAACUUUUCUAGAUGGGCUGGAUAACCUCGGAAGAACUGAAAGCCAGCUUUGGAAAGACAUAUCUGACCAAGCCAUGUGGUUGGGUAAUACCAUGGACCCCGCUGGAGCUGUUGGGGAGGAGAAUGGCAUCGGAGAGAUCAACUUCAGCAAUGAAAAGCGCAAAGCACAGCCAUGA